UCUAGCCUACUUUUGCUCUGCUGCGACUACUAUUCCUUCACUGACACCUAUACCGACCCUUAGAAACAGCCACCGACAGACCCCCAGACAGGCAACCGCAAUUCCACUCGUACAGACUAAUGUCGCAAUUCGGUUACGGGGAGCGUGACAAUGGACACAAAGAUAGUCGACCGACACGGACGCUGUACCCAGAACUCAUGCCCCAAAAGCGCCUUGCUGCGUCAAAGCUAUUCGACUUGUCCAGCGACAACUACGACGAUUUCGAGAAUUUAAGCGACCUGGAGAAUGGUGGGCCUGGACGUACACUCCGACAUGCACCCGAGCAUCAAUCGACCAGCCCCACUACUUUGCAAACCAACAGCAACAACAGCAGCUAUAUACCGCCGAUGUCGCCAAGGCUGGGAGGGUAUCGGCGCCUCGGGCGCAACAUGUCGAUAGACGAGUCUGAUUUUCAGGGACCAAACACAAUUGCUACGAGUAUGUUGGACAGGGGCGAGGGCAAUAGCAGCGGUGCGCCCGAGCAGCCACAGGGCAGCACCGAACCCGCAGCCUACAUGCCACAGAGGAGUAAUCCCCCACCGAUGCGGCGUGCUGGACUUGCACGAUACACUACACCAGCUGCAUCACGCGGCAGCUCAGUGAGCACGCAGCGCUCGCAGGAGGGCUCAAGCGAUCAGGAGGUAGGCGAUCCAAAGCCUGUUAUUCAUGCAGCCGGAUUGCGCGGAUUGCCUCUAGAGGAGACACCAACCUAUAGGCCGCCAUUACCGCAGCUCGGCCAAGGUUCAAUAGUUACGAAUCGUUGGAAGCACCGCAGACGACUAGGGCUGGGCAAACCCAAGCGGCGCGAUGCGGGACAGUCAUCGGACGACAAUGCGGAUGUGUCGGUGGGCAGUCCACCAGCAUCGCUUGACUUCAUGGCACAGUCACCUCCACGGUCGCCCUUGCCAAUUUUUGGGACAGACGGCAGUGAAAACAAUGGGCCUCGUCAUCUCCUUAUGGCUAUUGACGGCGUCGAGAAUACGUACACCACCCCUGCGCGUUCCCGGCACCCUAGCAAAAGCGCCAGCAUAUCAGCUACUAGCCAAGACGCACCGCAGCGCACCAGUGCUGCCACCAAUGGCUCGUUUGAUAUCAGUGACGUAUCGAUGCAUAGCACUCCGCGUGGUAACGGUAGCCGUGCGCAAUCGCCUGUGACUGACGAGCUGGGUCGGAUGCAGAGAGGCUCGCAGUCGGGAUCGCAGUCAGGAUCACGCGUAUCAUUUAACGAUGCUGAGCUUCAGCGUUCAGCGACUUCGUCUUCACAAGGUGAGUCGACAAGGCGGCGAGCACGGUCGCCUAGUGCUACGCAGCGUACGCGGUCAAUGGUGGUCACAUCCAGACCCGACAGUAUUCCUGCUGAAAACAUGAGACCACAGCGAACAGACUACCCCAAUGUAUCACCAAGGCAGUUCCAGCAUCAAUCACCGAACUACCUACUGCAAAAACAACAACAACAGCAGCAGCAGCAACAGCAGCAGGGCAGGACACAGGGACGAGCAAACUCUACGUCUUCAACCCACACUCCAUACGGGCCGCAGAAGCGGGAAAUCGGAUACGAUAGUCUUGAGAACGGCCCUGGACCCAGCCAGUCGCAGCACCUCGACAAAGUUUACAAAGACACAUCACCGCACCACCCCUCGCCACGCGACCGUCAGCGCGCUUUCAGCAAUUCCAUGCGCAGCAGUAACAGCAGUGGCGAGGUUAUUGUUCCAUCGGACACACAACAAGCAGAAGAUUCGCGUAAGCUGGCGAGACGCGCUCAGUCGCAAGGUCCCGGGUAUGUGUCGCCCAGAUCAUCAGCACGCCGUGGGUUGCUGGAGACAAACUUCAACGUGUUCAUGCAGCAAGGCCCUGACGAUAGUAAGGCUGCACUAGAGAGUACAAGGAUGGGAGUUCAAUCAAACCGCAGACCAGCAGAGCAGUACGUUUCGCCUGGAGCCCCACCAAUGCAGUCUCAAAAGUCUACAGUGUCACCAAUGGACCGGCAGUUUCCUACUUCAGUGCAACCGCCAUCAGAGCUGCGGCAAUCGCCGAACCAGAAUCAUCAGCAACCCCAGCAGUCGCAGUCGCAGUCGCAGCCAUGGCCACAAGCGCAUGAAAUGCCGCCACCAGCUGUUCCCCAGGCUCAGUCGCUGUCACAGCCGCAGCCGCAGUCGCAGUCGCAGCCGCAGUCGCAGUCGCAGCCUCACUUGCAGCAACAGCCGCCUAGGGUAGGCGUGGAUUCUAAACGGGCGCUGUCGGUCAACGGGCAUACUUACCAAAAGAUAAGCAUCACGGGCCGAGGCGGCAGCUCCAAGGUGUACAAGGCAAUGUCGCUGAAGCACGAGAUAUUCGCCAUCAAGCGGGUAUCCUUUUCACGUGCGGACCCGCAGGCAAUCGAGGGAUAUCUCAACGAAAUCAUAUUGCUGCGAAAGUUUCGGGGCAAUCCACACAUCAUCCAGCUGUUCGAUGCUGAGAUCAACAAGGAGCGUGGAUUACUGCAUAUGGUGAUGGAAUUUGGCGAGACCGACUUGGCGAAUGUGCUGAAGCGCCAUGGAUCCAAACCUCUCGGGAUGAACAUGAUCCGCCUCUACUGGGAGCAGAUGCUACGUGCUGCGCAGACAAUACACGAGGAACGUGUCGUGCAUGCCGACCUCAAGCCAGCAAACUACCUGUUGGUCAAAGGAUCGCUGAAGCUGAUCGACUUUGGAAUUGCAAAAGCAAUUGGCAACGACACCACUAACAUCCAUCGCGAGAACCAAAUUGGAACCGUCAACUACAUGUCGCCCGAGGCAAUCAAGGAGACGAACAUGGAAGGCGGUGCACGGGUGAUGAAGCUGGGUCGGGCCAGUGAUAUCUGGUCGUUGGGCAUCAUCUUGUACCAAAUGUGCUACGGCCGUACACCGUUUGCGCAGCUGGCACUGUUCAAGAAGCUAGCAUCUAUCCCUGACCCGACCUUCAAGAUUCCAUUCCCUCGCUAUAUGGCCGGCUGCCUUCAGGCUUGUCUACAGAGGGAUCCUGUCCGGCGAAUGACCAUACCGCAGCUGCUGCAAGACCCGUUGCUGUGCCCUGUCUCUUUCGAAAAUGCAUUGCUACCGCACAUGUCGCAGAUGCUAUCGCUACUUAAGCGCAACCCGCGUGUUCUAGAACAGUGGGACGUGUCCAAGACGCAGAACAAUAGCAUCUUGGAAACAUUGGUCCGCGUCCUGCACCAGCAGCAGCAAGAAGCAGAAGCAGAAGCAGAAGCAGAUACCGUAAAUUAUCUAUCGCAUUAA